UCAUGAUUGCCAAUGGUCAAAAUGCUGUUCCUGGUUCUUGGCCCUGGCAAGUCUCUCUGCAGGCAAGGAGGAAAUGCCAGUCCCAGAUGGUGUCCAGCUUGGCAGGAGACCCAGCCAGUCUUGUCUGGGAUCCCUCUUCAUCCCAGUCUCCCAGUCCUGCACCCCGACUACGUUCUCUGGGCCAAGGCUUGGUGGACCUCUUGUCUGCCUCUGAGACUGUCCCUCGGUGCCCAGGGGAGGCUCCUGAGCUCUCCAAGUUUUCAGAAUGCACAUGAUUCCUGUCUGUUCCCUUCCUUUCCAGAGAAAUAGUGCCCACUUCUACGGGGGCUCCCUCAUCAGUAACAAAUGGGUGCUCACAGCUGCUCAUUGCGAUGUCAUGAGAACAGACAAGGUGAUUGCUGGAAUGCAUGACAUGAACUCUUAUAGAGAAAAGGUCCAAGUUCUGAGGAUUGCCAAGAUCUUCAGGAACAAAAAUUAUGACCCAGACACUCUUAUCAAUGCCAUUGCCCUGUUGAAACUGGCCACACCUGCCCACUUCCAGAAAAAUGUGUCCCCUGUCUGCCUGCCCAGUGCCAGUGAUGAUUUCCCUGAAGACACUACCUGUGUUACAACUGGCUGGGGGAGGACCAAGUACUAUGCCAGCAGACUCCCAAACAUCCUCCAACAAGCAGAGGUGCCCCUGCUGUCCAAUACUAAAUGCAAGACAUUCUGGGGGAGUUUUGUCAAGGACAACAUGAUCUGUGCUGGAGCCAAUGGCGUUUCUUCCUGCAUGGGUGACUCUGGUGGACCCCUGGUCUGCAAGAAAAAUGGUGCCUGGACCCUGGUUGGUAUUGUCUCCUGGUUAAGUUCUCACUGUACCACCCACACCCCUGCUGGGUACGUCCGAGUGACCCAGCUCAUCUCCUUUAUCGAGGAAACCCUGGCCUACAACUGAGCCAUUCCCCCCCCCCCAAGAAAGUGGGUACUUGUAACUCUGCCCAUUCCCCAAUGCCAAUAAAUGUAUCUAUACAGGAACAUUCAGCCUGUUUUCUUUGCCUUCAGAAGAGAUCUAAAUGCCCAUCGCAUGUAGAACAACCCAUCCUUAAAGAGCCUGGCAUGGUCCCAGGAGCCCAGAACUUUGGCAGGAGUUUCUCGGGAUACUGGCUU